AUGACUGGAAAGGCUGUCGGGAUGUGCGCGCUCGCUGUUCACCUGCCAAUCUUAUCGGCGCGCGAGCGCGGGCUCCCACAACCACAGGUGCUGCGGCGUGUGCGCGUCUGUCGCUGCCGCCGUCGCACGCGCAUUGCGUGGAGGGCGAUAGAGUUAUGCUUACUGUAUUGCAGUGACAGGCGUCGCGCACAGAAUAACGUGAGAGUAGGAUGA